AGGCCACUCCCCCGGAAGCGGCUCCGGGAUUCCGAAAGUGCUCGUGGAUCCCGGACCUGAGGAGCGGGGACAGAGGAGCCCGGGAGAGGGAUCUGCGUCUGGGGCUCCCAGGGGACCAUGGGCACCUCCACGCUCUACACGUUGGUACUAGUGCUGCAGCCUCCGAGAGUUCUCCUGGGCAUGAAGAAACGAGGCUUCGGGGCUGGCCGAUGGAAUGGCUUCGGGGGCAAAGUUCAGGAAGGAGAGAGCAUCGAGGAUGGGGCCAAGAGGGAGCUACAGGAGGAGUGUGGUCUGACCACGGACACGCUUCACAAGGCGGGCCGGAUAGUGUUCGAGUUCGAGGGCCAGCCGGAGCUGAUGGACGUGCAUGUCUUCUGCACAGACCGCGUCCAGGGAACGCCCGCGGAGAGUGAUGAAAUGCGGCCCCAGUGGUUCCAGCUGGACCAGAUCCCCUUUGAUGACAUGUGGCCUGACGACAGCUACUGGUUUCCCCUCCUGCUUCAGAACAAGAAAUUCCACGGGUAUUUCAAGCUCCAGGACCCCAACACAAUCCUGGACUACACGCUGCGCGAGGUGGACGCGGUAUAGACACACAGCCACUCUGGCCCCACAGGCCGCGAAAUCCACUGCGAACCCACAGCACCGUCCAUUCACCCCACAGAGCCCCGAGGUGGAGCUGGCGUUCCUGGGUGGGUUGGGGUGGAGAUGAAAAUAAAGGUCUCUUACCUUUUCCACAUUCUUCGCAGGGCCUGCACACAGCCAGCCCAGGCCCAUCCCCGGGAAGCUGCCAGCUGGCUGCCUGUGACCGCAUGCCAAGCCAGGAGGGAGGGCCAGGCGCUGAGGUCUUGUCCGGACCAGGGUAGGCUAGAAGGUGUAGCGGCCUCGCUCCCCAUCCCUCCUUCAAGGGCAAAUGGGAACAGUCAUGGCCUAGGCCUAAAACCCUGGUCUACCGCAUCAGAAGCUGUCACCUCCCUCACCCCAAGGGAUGGGCCUUUCUCAUCCAGAUUUCUGACCAUGAAGAAGGAGGGAGGCAGCACUUGCUUAUACAGAAAACCCACUUUACCCAACUUUUAUAAAUGGGUUUAAUAAUG